AAGGUAGGCGAGCCGGGCAACGAAGAUACCACGGAUAUCGUCUACGUUCUCUUUACCGUCAAGAGAACCACGGGUGGGGCCAUAAUGAUGGAGAAGAACGUCCACGAGUCGUCUCAGGGGUCUGCUGGCAUUUGGGACCUUCACAUUCGUAUUGGUGGCGGCAUCAGUACCGAUCUUGACGUUGCCAACUGCCAGAAAUUCGGCCACAAUAAGGCAUGCAUGUGUGCCUCCCUGCUGCUUCACGUCACUAGCUAG